AUGACACAAGGGAAGGACAAACUCCGUUUGAAAUAUACGCUUGGUUUGAUCUACUGUCCAGAGACAAACGAGAUUCUCUUGCUCAACAGGUAUAAACUGCCUUGGAUGGGUAAAUGGAAUGGUGUGGGAGGCAAACUCGAUGCUGAUGAAACUCCUUUGCAAUGCAUUGUUAGAGAAACAAAGGAAGAAACUGGAUUGGACAUCUCUACUUACAAGUCUCGGGGAGUUUUCACCUGGAAAGUGAAAUUUACUGAAGGUGCUCCUCAGCAUGAACCACCAGUUGGAGGAAUGUAUCUUUUCACAGCUGCAGUAAGCAAGGAAGUAGUGGACCUGUAUGCCACUCCUAUCAAAUACUGUAAGGAAGGAGUUUUGGAUUGGAAGGAUAUGGACUGGGUUAUGCAUCCAGAGAACUACGGGGUUGUAGAUAACAUCCAGAAAGUGCUAGAAACACUUUUUGAAGCGGAUGAAAAUGAUCUCUACACCACUAGAUAUGAUGAUAUAACUCUUUUAGAAUGCAAGUACCAUAAAGGAGGCAACACAGACUAUCCUGUCUUCUAG